CAGAGACCAGAGCAAAGCAGAGAAGGAGAAGGAUAAGAAAAAGCAAGAUACAAGAUAGCAGAUGUAAAGCAAAAAAGAAAUAUAAAAACAAUCUAGGUAAUUAGAGAAUGGGUGAGAACCAUUUGAACUAGAUAUACCAACGGUCAAAAGACAGAUUAGGUUGCAAGGCUCAAUAAAGAUACAUUGAAGAGAGAAAUAUUCAGUAAUAUCUAACAAGACAAACAGGAUAACUACAAAAAUUGCAGCACAGGCUCUGUUUACACUGGCAUUUAAUUUUGUGGUUGAGAUUUCUUCAGGCUUUUUUUUUUUUUCGGGAAGUGGUGUGACUUCGACAUUCAAACAAAGAUUACCUUCCUUCAUGGCGGAGAGAGUUUGCAGGUCAGACGAACUGAAGAGGAAUCCCAAACCAAGGCAAGUAAGUUUUCAAAUGGGGCAGAUAUGGUUACAUUUAUUUGUUUGUUUAUAUGUUUAGUUUUGUUUUUGUUUUUUUGGUCUCCAAUGAAAAAUAGUCCUAAACCUCUGGCUAUUUCUGGAAUGUGAUUCCAUUAUAAUCAACAAGGGAUUAUGGGAGGUGUGGUUCAGCCACAGCUGGAGAUUAUUGUUGCAUCUGUCCUCAUUUAACACUCACACCUGCACUUUUCACCUACAAAACUUCUCGAAAGAUAUGGAAUUCUAUUCUUUGCACAAUAAAAUCUUCUAUUAAUCCUUAAAAAAAAAAAAAAAAAAAACUUUAUAUUUAGGAAGGCAUAUCAACAAAUGAGCUAACUUCUUUACCCUGAAUCAUCUCCUCUUUGUUUUAACUAAUCCCAGCUUCAAGUCACCUGUUUAAUUCAAAUAAUGUUUAAAGACAUAUCAUUGUUACACCUAGCAAUCAAUUUUUACUUUGAAUAGAAUGCACUUAACCCUUUGCGUACUUUUACUUUUUAGAUUGUGAACUUGUCGGAUCAGGAUCCUCACGGUUUCUUGUCCUAGAAAAUGAAAAUUAUAACUUUUAUGUCUUUUAAAAUGGUCUACAAUAGUUCUAAUAUGACCAUGAAUUGCGAGACAGAUUUUUUUAUUUUUCCCUUCGAAAAAAGGACAAAUCUAAAAAAUGUACAGUUAGUAUUAGAGAAAAACAUGGGGUCAUCAAGAUGGUUAUUCUCAAAGACAGUCUAAACAGUAACUUGUAAUAUAUGUAUAUAUAACAAAGAUAUAUAAUACAUUUACAAAAAAUGGUACUGAAAAUCAGUGUACAAGUUUCCUUCUCCCAUUUAGAGUUUUGUGCAUUUAGAAGACCUGCGUGUAUCCUGUUAAGAUUUGUGCUAGUGUGGUGCUGAGACAGAGCAUCUCAGCAGUGACGUGAUUAUUUGGAACUCAAACUGAAAUAAACAGGCAAGACAAUCAACUCGAAUUGUUAAUGGUAAACUGAAAAGUAAACAAAUAAUGUAAAAACAAGACAGCAACAAAACGCCUAACAUUGCAAAUGGACAGAGAGGGUCACUUUUAUUUUAGGGGUGUAACCAGGGGCGGGGCUGUUCUGAUAAAUUUUAGUUGACUUACCAGUGGCAAUUCUUGUAAUAUAGGACAAGAACAAUGUAUCUUAUUUACUCAGACUGAUUCAUAAACAUAUUUAUAGUGAUUUAUAGACACAUUACUGUGAGUAUUAUGGCGGUGGAGCUCUGCUAUACACUAAGGCACAUCAACUAUAUGGAGCUCCUAGAAAAGAGGGACAGAGGGAUUUGGGCCCAAAAUAUGGAGUGGGCCUCCUAAAUCACAUUCACUGCAAAUUGAGCCCUUGGUUUAUGCUGCCUGCUUGUAUAGAAGCAAGCUCUUUUUAAUGACAGGUCAGAGGUCUGUAGGCCAAAUGAGGUUUGAAACAAACAACCAAGCAGCUCUGGCAACUGUGAAAGCAGAACGGCAGAUCUUAAAGCGUCUCUGUCACUGUUUUUUUUUUAUUAUUAUUUAUUUAUUUUUUUUACUUGUCAGGCAUCUUCCCUUCGUCUGCCACAUUUUUGUCUUAACCAAAGGAAAAAAGUUACCUGCACUCUCUCCUUAAUCUCUAUGUAUAUUUAAACAAAUGGAGGUAAUUUAGUUACUGGAAGGUAUGCACGCCUGCCAAUGUCAAGGCAGACCCCCCUAGACGGGUCCUACUCUGACCCUUCACCUUGCUUCCUUAAGCUUCUGGCAAAGAUAUCGCUAAUGAGACAGAAAUUUUUAUUUUUUAUAUACACCCCUAUAUACUUAUUAAGCCCUUAAUAGGGAACACAUGGGAUGGGCGGCAGCAUUGUAACAAAGCUGUGUAAUACAAAAAGUGAAUACAAAUACAAAAAUAAAAGUCCUGCGCUCACUCCCAUCACUCCUGGGCGGCAGCAACGACCACAGUACACAUCAGCUCCCAUACACAUGGUAAAAACCAAAGAAAAAAAGUUACCUGCGCUCUCUCAUUAAUCCCUAUGUAUAUUUAAACAAAUGGAGGUCAUUUAGUUACUCCAAUGGCCACUGGAAGGAAUGGCUGCCUGCCAACGUCAAGGCAGACCCCCCCCAGAUGGGUCCUACUCUGACCCGUCACCUUGCUUCCUUGACUGUGGUCGUUUCCGCCCAGGAGUGAUGGGAGUGAGCGCAGGACUUUUCUUUUUGUAUUAAGGGUUAAUAAGUAUAUAGGGGUGUAUAUAAAAAAUACCCCUCUCGGUCUCAUUAGAGAUAUCUUUGCCAGAAGCUCAAGGAAGUAGGCUGGAGGGUCAGUGUAGGACCCGUCUAGGGGGGGUCUGCCUUGAAGGUGGCAGGCCGGCAUUCCCUUCAAUGGCCAUUGGAGUAAAUAAAUGACCUCCAUUUCUUUAAAUAUACAUAGGGAUUAAGGAGAGAGUGCAGGUAACUUUUUCCCUUUGGUUUUUACUAUAUAUUGGGGCUGAUGUGUACUGUGGUCGUUGCUGCCGCCCAGGAGUGAUGGGAGUGAACGCAGGACUUUUCUUUUUGUAUUUGUAUUCACAUUUUUGUCUUCUCAACUUAACAUUUUUUGCAAAGUUAUACAUAAGGCAAAGUAGAGACUAUGUUUCCUCAUGUAUAAACUGCAGGUUGACAAAGAGUGGAGCUUUAGUGAUGCUCCAAGCCUACAGUCAACUUUAUCAUUGGCUGUCUAUGUGUAUACUCACCUUCCCCCAGUGGCACGUCACGGAUCCUCAAUGUUGACUCUUACACAAUUGCUAGACUCAACUGAGGUCUGCUGAAGCCCAUCGUGGUACUGGGUAUGCGUGUGAUAUGACACACAUGGCCAGGGAUGGGCAGAAAAUACUAUUUCCGUGUUAAACUUUCUAAGAUGGCAGAGCCAAGAAAGUAGAUCCUGCAGGACCUGAACAACAGAUGGGAUGGAUUUCUUCUUGGGACUCUUUAGCAUUAAAAAAAACCCAAAACCUGUUUAAUGCUGGCUGGAAGGUCCUGCCAGGGUAUUCCUGAUGUUGUAACCACUUCACUAAGAUAAAGCAGCUCUGGUACCCACAGUUUAAGGGUUUGAGUUACCUCCAGAUUCAAUUAUUGGCUUACAAAAGUAUAUGCUAGCAUUGCUUAAGGAAUAUUAAUUUAACCAAUACAUGUCAUCAUAGCAUUGAGAAACUUCCAAAAUAGACUUAACCCAUUUUAUUUCUAGACAAUAGUUAUUCUUAUUUAUAGAAAUAAAAAAAAUCCUUUAUAUUUUGUUCAGAUUACAUCUUAGGCAAAAACAAACAAACACUUAAUGUUAGUGUGUCCUGGGAUUUAUGUAGGAAGGUGAAAUCAACGCUAGGGCCUUGGGCUUUCCACACCCUGACUGUAAUUCCAAGUAUUGCUACGUAGGAGGUUGUAUUUUUUUUUUUUUUUUACUCCUCUGCAAGAGAUGUUCUUUUUCCGGAAAAAUAACAAUAGGUUCUAUUGAUGUAAUUAGAGUUGAAAUAUAUUUUAUAAUUGCUACCUGGAAAAACUAUUUUUUUUUAUACACUAUAUAACUAGUCCAGAAAAUAAUGAAAGCUUUUAAGCUGCGGGAGAUUUUAUAUCUAAGACUAAAUACAAGAAACAGCACAUUGCUUUUUCUAGAUAUAAAGUGUAAUUUUGUGUCUAAGAACCAUCUACCUCUUAACAAAAAAAACAAAAGACACGGAUUUGAUUAGAACUGUGAGAACAGGCAAAUAACCCGUAGCUUGCCCUUUGGUUAGUGUCUAUUCUCAUGUCUUAUAUAGGUUUUAAAACGGCACUGUCAACCCCCUUCCCCACUCAUAUUGACUGUGUGGGAGUUUUAUUGAAAUUCCAACCCAGUCAAGAUACAUGCUGAGACAAAGUAAGGACUACUUUGUCUCAAUAUUUCUCCUACGCCUGACACCUCUAGACACUGGGCGACUAGAAGUGACAGCUGAAGAUAGUUGGCUUUAUCUGUGGAGAAUCCUGCAGUCAUGUGGGAUUCUCCAUAGACCUCAAUGUUCUACUCUCGCAUGUGAGUACAGCAGUGACAUUGGCUCCUGGCAGCUGAAGCACCAAGAGCUAAAGAGGGUCCACCAGAAGAAGAAGGCGGUGACCGCAAGGGGCAGGUUCAGGUAAGUAGAACUCAUUUGCCUGCCCUCUCCCUGGCCAUUGGAUCCCCAGUGGCAAGGUCACCAUUGUUUUGGUUUUUUUUUAAAUCUCACAGAUGGUGACAGUGCUGCUUUAAAGGGACACUGUAGUCACCAUAGCAACUACAGCUUAUUGUAUUUGUUCUGGUGAGUAUAAUCAGUCCCAUCAGGAUUGUGUGUGUGUGUGAACACAAAAUUGGCACAAAGUCAUGAAAAGAAUGACAAACAGGAUAAAAUGGGCAAAAAGAGAAAGAAAGAUGUGGCAAGAUGCACAAAGGGGGCAAAAGGAUGGGGGAUAUUAGACAGAGAGGUGGAGACAAAUUUUGACAGGUGAAGACAAAUUCUGUAUAGAUAAAAAUCAUUGCUCUGGCCAGGUGCACAAGGGAUGCAAUAUCACCUGAUGAUUAUUCCAGUCUUCUUUUAGCUGCAACUAAUACCUCUCUAUGUGCAAUGUCAAAUUUUCCAAGUCUGAAUUACCCUUUUGACUUAGAAAUACGUAAUCAUAUGUAAAUAGCAAAGAUAAAAUGUAUGAGAACAUGUUCACUGCAAUACAAGAAUUAAAAGUUCUGGUUUCUUAGCUUGUACCCUUAUGGGAAUGAUCAAGCUGGUCAGGUGAUAGCACUCUGGUUGGUAUGCCUGGCUCCAACUAGUGAUAUGCUAAUUCAGAUAUGUGGCGCAUACACAAGAAUCUUCUGGAAAGGCACUGGAUUUCAUUGCAUCAAGAGGCCUAUACUGGCUAGAUCAAAGCAGUAUAGAAUGAGAGUUUUGCAGGGUUCAGAAAAACUAUGACAAACAUUAAGUAUUCUCUUAACCCUAUUUGCUUUCUUAAAGGGACACUCUGUGGUGGAAUCGCUGCUCUUUUACAUGUGUUUCCCCUGUAUGCUUGUUUAUUGUGCCCACUCCCCGUUCGGAAGUGCUUCCACGAAGGGAAUUCAUUCACCUCCCGAACGGGGACCACCCCAACACCUCAUUUAGAAUGUUAGGUUAGAAUGUUCACACCUCGCAACAUAAGUGUCAAAACCGCAAACUGCAAGGGAAACAAUUAAUGAUUGCUUCCCUGGGUGUCCGCCAUUCGUACAGGCGAACGCCACCAGGGGGAAUAUUCGUGGAUUGUUUCUCGCCUCGUUCAUUCCCGAACGAGGGCCUCCCUGGUGCCUCAUUAGAACGUUCACACCAAUUAAUCAGAACGUUCGCACUCACAACAUAGGUGUGAAACCUCAAGGGAAGUAAUUAAUAAGUGCUUCCCUGGGUGACUGCCAUUUGUAUAGACAAACGCCAGCUAGAGGGAGCAUUCAUACCCCAAAAGAAGACGCUUCCCUUGACUGGGUUUCACACCAGGAUCUCGCCAAUUGAGACUAGUCGAUCGAGGGACCAAGGCGAGGGUCCCUGAGAUUGGUUGUGGGCACUUUUGGGGCACUGAUGAGUUUGGCGGGCUUCCCUUGACUGGGUUUCACACCAGGAUCUCGCCAAUUGAGACUAGUCGAUCGAGGGACCAAGGCGAGGGUCCCUGAGAUUGGUUGUGGGCACUUUUGGGGCACUGACGAGUUUGGCGGGCUCUCAUGAGCCUGAGGGACAAAGGGACCAGCUCUCUUCCCGCUGGCGGGCUUUUCUGUGCCUGGGAGACAAAGGGACCGUUCCUUUUUUCCGCGCUUAGACUUCCAGGCACAGAGGCUCUUGGGAAGAAAACCCCUGGCGGUUGGUGUAGGGACCCGGUGGACUUAGUGGUGGGAUUUGGGGACAAAACAAAUUGGGUCUCUUCCCGUGCAGGGAGGGAGAGGAUCUGGGAUGUGUCCUUGUAUGUUUGUGUGGAAAACCCCUUGCACGGCGUAACGCAUUAAGCCAUGUAUGACCAAUAAAAUCGUGUUGUACCUCCAGUACUGUGUGUCGUCCAGUUACUGGGGGGUGUAAUGGGUCUCUUGAUACUAUAAAUAGUUCCUGACUGGCUGAAGGAAGGGAAUUAGCAGAGGUAACAGGUCGGGUUACCCUGGGUCCGCUACACACUCCACUGCCCAAAUUAAAAAAAACUAUAAAAAUCACUGUUAAUUAGAUACACCCGCCUCUUGGAUUUAGCUCCACUGAGCUGAACAACCAGGACGUAACAGGACUGGUUGUCUGAGAACCAGUUGUAUAAGAAGGUUAAUUUAUAAAAGUGCCAAUUUCUAUACAAAUUUGCACUUUUUUUGUAAAAUGUAACAAUCUUAACAUAAAUACAUAAAGCAUUUCAUUAAGUGCUUUUGGAGUCUUAAGUAGGGCUCGAUUUGCCAAGUAAACUGUAAUACUAAUACUUGUUCUUGGACAAGAACAGUAAGAAUGCUUCAGGAACAUUAAACAGGGGGACACAUUAGAUACCACAGUCAAAACUUGGAAAGUAUUUGAAGGGAUAUUAAGGGAUAAUAUUCAGAAAUUCAUGGGGGGAGCAGUGUUAUUAGUAAUAAUCAGCAUGGUUUUAUGAAACAUAGGUCAUGCCAAACUAACCUAAUUGCAUUCUAUGAAGAAGUAAGUAGAAGUAUAGAUUGAGGUGUUGUAGUGGAUGUUAUCUACUUGGAUUUUGCCAAGGCGUUUGAUACUGUUACUCACAAUAGGUUAGUGUUCAAACCAAAAGAAAUGGGUCUAGGUGACAAUUCUUGCUCUUUGGUAGAACAUUGGCUUAAAUUUAGAGUAGAGAGAGCUGUCAUUAAUGGUACAUUUUCAAUCUGGACAAAAGUGGUAAGUGGUGUCCCUCAGGAUUCUGUUCUGAGACUGCUUCUAUUUAACAUAUUUAUAAAUGAUCUUGAAAUAGACAUUGAGACAUUGAAAAUCAUGUUUCAGUGUUUGUAGAUGACACAAAACUCUGUAAAACAAUACAAUGUGAGCAGGAUAUUACUUUGCUGCAGAGGGAUUUAGACAGAUUUGGGGACAGGGCACUUAAAUUGCAGAUGAAACUUAAUGUAGAUAAAUGCAUUUCAGGGUAAAGAAUGCACAAGUAACGUACACCCUAAUGCUAGUGACCUAUGGAUAACAAUACACGAGAAGGCUUAGAGAAUUGUUAUAGCCAACAAACUAGGCAACAAUAUGCAAUGUCAAUCACCAGUUGCUAAGGCCAGUACGGUAUUGUCAUAUAUUAAUAAAGGCAUUAAUUCUCCAGAUUAAAUUAUAAUUUUGCCUCUUUAUAAAUCACUGGUAAGACCACAUCUUGAGUAUGCUGUGCAAUUUUGGGUAUAGAAGAGCGAUAGAAGCUAUUAUGGGUACAACAUACAUCCGGGCAGCCAGGCCAGUAAAGGAAAAUCUUUAAACUCCACAUCAGCCAUGAAAAUAGUCGGGUGCUGGUGUGCAGGUACAAGGCUUAAUCCAGAGGGGAGCAAUUGUCCUGCUCUGCCCCCCCAUAGAUGUGAUAAAUCUCAGAGUGAAUGACACAAAAUUAUUGGCAGAUACAUAUCCGGUUAUUCAUGCUGUUUGUAUCUACUCUCUAAGGCCUACUCGGAGUAGUUGUGAGUAAGAAAGAUGCUUUACUGUUUGCACAGGCUCUCCCUACAGGAGUCCCCAAUGCCCCCUAUUUACAUUACUUUAGUGAGAAUCUGAAAUAAAAGAGGAGUUGCCUGGGAGUGGAGACUGGUGCUUUGCUGAUAAACCCUUAGAACACAAAAAAAUAUUUUAAAACCGGAAAGUUUCUUUUUUAAAAUACUAAUAUGAUAGUAUGCAAUGUAUCAAGAUAUCUUUUUUUAAUCUCAUUAUUAAAUAAUGUUUUUUUAAUAAAGUAAUAAUGUAUUCUUGUUUAAUCUGAUUUGAUACUUUAUUUUUCUGUAGGGCAAGCACAGAACAUACGUCACUUCCUCGUACUCUUGGUGAACUACAGCUCUACCGGGUUCUGCAGAGGGCCAAUCUGCUUGGGUACUAUGACACCUUCAUCCAGCAGGGUGGUGAUGAUGUGCAGCAACUAUGUGAAGCUGGAGAAGAUGAGUUUCUGGAGAUCAUGUCUCUUGUUGGCAUGGCAACAAAGCCAUUGCAUGUACGUCGACUACAAAAAGCCCUCAGAGACUGGGCAACCAACCCUGCACUAUUUAACCAGCCAACAUUGGGCAGUAUCCCCAUCAGCAACAGUAUACCAUUAUUCAAAAUAUCUGAAACAGUCGGUAAGGUUGGGAGGCACAGCAAUGGGCAUCUCAAUAUCUCUGACAGUCAUGGAAAGGGCCCAGGAACUUUUGGACUCUCAGAAAAACAUGAACAGAAUGGAAAAUACUCUCCUUCCCAGGUAGAGAGGAGGUCUUGGAUGUCUAACAUUUCCCUGGAAGCAGAUGAAGGAGAUGAUGAAGAUGUUGAUGAUGAAGAUGAUGAUAGGGGAACACAAUAUGCUCAACUUGGAGAAAGACUAGAACCUGAAAUGGUACAGGUAGUUUCAGAAAGUGUGGACAGGCUGAUGAAAGGGCUGCCACGGGGAGAUAUGAGUGAGGCUCGAUCCAUGCUCAAACUAAAUAAGAAAGUGAGCCGCUCACUGGGACAUAUCUUUCACAUGAAUGAUGGAAGUCAGAGGAAGGAACGCGAGAUUCGUAGGCACAGUGCCAUUUAUGGAAGGAGUGAAUCCAAGAGACGUGAAGGAAAGAGACUCACACUACAUGAGGUCAGAAAUGAUACCAACUAACUUUUAACCUAUCUGGGGUGUCCUCCUCUUUCUAGGGUUAUACAAAUAAAAGUGACUUACUGAAAAGUUGUUCAUCAUCUUAUAUAAUCUAAACAGGAGUACCCAUUGAUGCAGAAUAUUGCCUUUGCCGCUAGUCGGCCUGCAGUGCAAUGCAUGCUUAUCUAAAGUAAUGGCCACUUUAUCAAAUGGGCAGCUACUCUGGACACAUCAUUGUCAGGGGCCCAUUGCCAAACUGGCCUGAGGGACAGUGGAUCAGUCUUACAUUUUCUGCCCUACCACCAGAUGGCACUGCAGUGCCCAAACAGCAGCUCUUCAAGGGCUCCUCUGCAUCAUGAAGGUAAUUGUGAUUUUGAAUGUUUAUUAAGUCUUAUUGCAUGUGAGUAUCUAGUGUUCAUUGGUACGGUCUCUUUUGUAUUUAUUGUGUCCACAAACAUGUUAAAAGUAGCCAUGUGUAGCAUGUACAUUCUAUGCACACCAUUUUACUGGUUUAAUAAAAACCCGUACUUAAACACUACCUUGAAAUACAUUUUUAACACUGACUUUAAAAAGGAAAUAGGAUUAGUUAGAUUCCUUAAAAUUAGGUAUGGCGAAAAGCAGAUGCCCAGCUAUUGUAGAACUAACAUCUAGAUGAUAUCCUCCCUCUCCCUUCAAUGCUGGCAAAGCACAUUGGGAGUUGUAGUUUUGCAGUAGCUAAGGAUCUUCCUUUGGCCUGCCCCUGAACUAAAUCAUCCAUCAAAAUAGCAGAAUGCCAGAUCUGGUGGACAUUUUCUUUCCUUUUAUUGUAACGCAUGCUCCAUCCAUCAGUUGUAUUCCUAGCACUAUAGCCCCAUGUGUUCCCCCCCCCCACCCCCCACCCUGCAAUGCUUUCCUGUGGGGGUUUUACUGACGCUGGAUGUUCUCAUACUUAGCGUGCGGACCAACAUCAGUUAGGUGACCAAAAGUCUCCUAGCAAGCAGGAAGUGCUUGAUAACCACUAGAGGCAGUCUUAACCAUGCAAUGUAAUCAUUGCAGAUAUCAGAAACUGCACUAAUUAACAUUGCAGGGUUAAGGGGAAAGGGACAUUGCACCCAGACCACAUCAAUGAGAUGAAGUGAUCUGGGUGCCUAUAGUGUCCCUUUAAUAGUUUUAUUGGUUUACAUUAUUUCACAAUAAAAAGAUGUGCAGUACUGAACAAAAGACAACAAUUAAUAUAGGUAGGAGCACACAACAAAGUACAGCCUGCAAAGAUAUGAGUCGGAAUAGCCACUUCCCCUAGUGAUCAAACAUAUGUACAACUUGAACUCAUCAACUGCACACCAAUUAGCAAAGAUAAAAAUAGUUUAUAUUUUUAUAUAUUAUAAUAUUUUUAUGCAUAUAUAUAUAUAUAUAUAUAUAUAUAUAUAUAUAUUUCUCCAAAUAAGUGUAUCAUCAAUUAUUCAUAAGAAGGCAGUCAGAAGUAAUUUAUCAAUAUGAUAUAUAUAUAUAUAUAUAUAUAUAUAUAUAUACAUACAAACGUUAGAAAACAAUUCAAACUUAAACAAGUAGAAUGCAAAAAACAAAACACACAACUAAAGGACCACUAUAGGCACCCAGACCACUUCAGCUCAAUGAAGUGGUCUGGGUGCCUGGUCCCUCUAGUUUUAACUCUGCAGCUGUACACAUAGCAGUUUCAGAGAAACUGCUAUGUUUCACUGAGGAUUAAUCCAGCCUCUAGUGGCUGUCUCAUUGACAGCUGCUAGAGGAGCUUCCGCGAUUCUCACUGUGAAAGAAUCCUGGAAGAUGAAGUUUUGAUACAUUUGGGGAUCUAUCUUUUGGGCACCCCUUGUGUACAUAGUGUUACCUCUUAUGCUUAUAACCAGGAAAAAUAGACACACAACACCAGAACAAAGUACUUAUAGUACUGAACAAAGACAUAUGAGAAAAAAAAGACAUUCUAAUAUAUUGUCUGGUUGACAAUUGAGAUAAAUAUAGUCCUCAAACAUCUGUAGUGCAGAAUGCAAGCUGUUUUUUCUGAAACUUGUUUCUCUGCGUUUUUUCUUGGCUAGAUGGUUGUACAAAACAUGGGUAGUCUACAUACAUAGCUGUGGAGGGGCAAUUUUUUGACUUUGGUCUAGUCCUGAAUGACAGUCUUCUUAUUUACACGUGAUGUCCAGGGGUGUAUUUACUGUGAGGCUGACAAGGCAUUUGCCUUGGGCGGCACUUUCUGGGGGGAAAAUGCCUUGCCAGCCUCUUGUCCCAGGGGCAGCGCUGGCAGGGGCGGCACUUUCCGAGCAGGCGGUGAGGGAGCACUGAUCCUCCUGUUCAGCUCCCUCACACGUACUGCAGUGAUGCCGGAGCCAGAAUAUGACAUCACUCUGGCCCAGCAUCACUACGCAGCGCACGAGGGAGCUGAACAGGAGGAUCAGUGUUCCCUCGCCGACUGCAGUGACCGGCCAGCCGGCCGCCAAGCAGCGCCACUUGACCCCAGGGAAAGCGAGAAUCCACCCCAGCACUCCCAAAGGUAGGGAGGCUGGGGGGAUUGAAUUUUUUAAAAAAAGUGAGUGUGUUUGUGUGUCUGGUAGUGAGUGUGUGUGUGUCUGUUAGUGUGCAUGUCUGUUAGGGAGUGUGUUACUAAGUGUGUGUCUGUUAGUGUGUGUGUUACUAUGUGUGUGUCUGUAAGUGGAUGUGUUAGUAUGUGUGCGUCUGUAAGUAAGUGUGUUAGUGUGUGUCUGUUAGAGAGUCUGUUAGUGUGUAUGCAUGUCUGUGACUGUGUGUGUCUGUUAGUGAGAGUUUAUGUGUGUCUGUUAGUGUGUGUCUGUUAGUGUGUGUGUGUGUGUCCGUCCGUGAGUGUGUUAGUAUGUGUGAGUGUGUUAGUGAGUGUGUAUGCAUGUCUGUUAGUAUGUGUGUAUCUGUUAGUGUGUGUGUGUCUCUUAGUGAGUGUGUUAGUAUGUGUGUCUGUUAGUGAGAGUGUAUGCAUGUCUGUUAGUGAGUGUGUGUCUGUUAGUGACUGUAUGUGUCUGUUAGCUAGUGUAUGUGUGUCUGUCAGUGAAAGUGUGUGUCUGACACACAGUGUAUAUGUGUCUGUCAGUGAGUGUGUAUGUAUAUUUAGAAGGCUGGGUGGGGGAAGAGUGCCUGAGGCUGUUUUCUUUUACGGUUGUUAUGCCUAGGGGCAGCACAAAACCAGGAUACACCACUGGUGAUGUCACAACAUCACACAAAGGAACACACUAGAAUAAAAAUGGGUCCUAGAGUCUCCUUCUACUUAGAGGAUUAUUCAUUCUUUUCAAGGAGCCUACUUACUGCCACUUGUAAUAUUGCAAGGAAUGAGGACAGGAAGUGAAGAAAAUGGAUGAAAGUGUGUAAAUAUGGAUAUGAAAGAUGAUACUAAAUAGUGAGAGUGUGGGAUUAUGGCAUUAUGAAGGAAAAUGCUUAAAAAGAUGGCUUUAACAGUAGUAAGAAAACAGAUGCCUUGAGAAGAAGUGACUUAGAGAUGUGACUUGGGAGGAGAAACAAUUUAAAGACAGGAAAACAGUAAAUUAACAUUUUAUUGCUGGCCUUGUGGAGAAUAUGAUGGGAACAGCAAGAAAGUAUAAUUGCUGACUCACUGGCUGACAAGCAGUGGCCUAACUAGAAACCCCUGGGCCCCAGGGCGAAAAUUUCCCUGGGGCCCCCUGUAUGUGUCUCAUUUCCCCAUGUGUCUCAUUCCCUUCCCCCCAGCCCCUCCAUGUAAAACAUUCCCUGCCCCCAAAUCCCUCCACAUGUCUCAUUCCCCCCAAGUCCCUUAAUUUGUCUCAUACCCCCCAAGCUCCUCUGUGUCUCAUUCCCCCCAGGCACCUCCAUGUGUCUUUCUUCCCUCCACUCUUGCCCCUCCAUGUGUCUCAUUCCUCACCAAGUGUCUCAUUUGCUCCCCCCAGUCCCUCCAUGUGUCUCAUUUCACCCACAAGCCGCUCCAUCUGUCUUUCUCCCCCCUCCACUCUUGCCCCUCCGUGUGUCUCUCUCUCCCCCCUGCAGCCCCUUCAUUUCUCUUUCCCCCCCUGCCUUCACCUGCAGCGACUACAUUUCUCUCCGGCCUCCACUCCCCUGCAGCUUCUCGAUUUCUCUCUACCCCACCCUUUCCCUGCAGCCCCUCUGUUUCCCCCUUGCAGCCCCUCCAUUUCUCUCACUCCCUUCCCUGCAGACCCUCUAUUUCCCCCCUUGCCCUGCAGACCCUCCAUUUCUUCCUUCCUUCCCCUGCAGACCCUUAAUUUCUCCCCCCUUCCCCUGCAGACCUUUCAUUUCUCCCCUUCCUGCAGAUCUUCCAUUUCUGCCCCUUCCCCUGCAGACCCUCCAUUUCUCCCCACUGCAGACCCUCUAUUUCUCCCCUUGCAGACCCUCCAUUUCUUCCUCCCUUCCUGCAGACCCUUCAUUUCUCCCCCUUCCUGCAGACCCUUCACGUUUCUCCCCUUCCCCUGCAGACCCUCCAUUUUCCCACUGCUGACCCUCUAUUUCCCCAUUCCCCCCUUCCCCUGCACACCAUCCAUUUCUCCCCCUUUCCCAUGCAGAUCCUCCAUUUCUCCAUUGCCCCCUUCCCCUGCAGACCCUCUAUUUCUCCAUUCCCCCUUCACUUGCAGACCCUCCAUUUCUCCAUUCCCCCCUUCCCCUGCACAACCUCCAUUUCUCCCCCCUUAUUCUGCAGACCCUCCAUUUCAACCCCCCUCCUUCCCUUGCAGACCCUGCAUUUCAACCCCUUCCCCCUCCCCUGCAGACCCUCCAUUUCUCCAUUCCCCCCCUUAAUUGUUUGCAGCAAUUGCGGUACCAGCCUGAGUCUGACAGGAAUUGCCCUCUCAGUGAGCACUUCCUGUCAGACCGCUCGGCUGCACUACACACAACUGCAGGAUGGGAGCAGCACAAAACUUUUAAUGAGCAGAGCAUUGUUUUUCAUUUUGGUUUGUUGGUUUGUUUUUUGGGUGGAUAGAUACAUUUAUAUGUUUAGUAAACAGAUUCUAGUAUUUAGGAGCAAGAUAUACACAUUAUAUUUUUUAUAAUUUUUUUUUAAUUAAAGGGUCUAUUAUGAAGUUUUACAAAAAAAAACACAAAUAAUUUAAAGCAAAAGUGUGAAAUGCAAUUAUUUUCAGUAGCACACUUUUAAUCAGCACAGUCUGACUCUAAAAAUAAAAAAAAAUUAUCCCCAGAUGCCACAUUGGGUGCUAAUCUAAAGGGCAUCACAAUAAAACAAAUAAUUUUCCUCCUAUCGGAAGCCAGAUUGGGCACAAUGUUGAUUUGAAGCAUAAAAAAAUAGCUGAACCUGAAAAAAAAGAGUGGUUCCUACCCACGACUGUCCUGUAUCAAAGCUCGUAACCAACUGAGUGAGUCUGAAAUGGCCAACAGCGGGUGGGAAUAUGAUAGUGGUCUCACAGCAGGUAGCGGAGACCAUCUUGUAGCAAAAUCACAGCGGAACCCAUUUCUGUUUUCCGGGAACCCCGGGGUUCUGCUGAACACUAGUCGCUCUAUUUCAUGACUUCUAGAGAACAUUUGGCAAUAAUGUUCAAAAUAGGGUUCAAUGUUUUACACAAACCAAAUGCAACGAUGAUUAUAAAACUAUUGUCAAAAGCAUCUGCUAAAAAAAAAUUUAAUCACAUUAUUUAUUACAUAUGUACUUUAUUGAACCAAGGUGAUAAUUCGGAAGUAUUUAUUGAAUGUGACAUUAAUCUGCCUUCUUCGUUCCAGUCUUUGUAAUCUCAUAAUUCUUAAUUCCAUUAACAUCUUCUCCGUUAUCAUAUCUGCAGCUUACAAUAAAUGAGGCAGCAGCACAGUGUUGUGUGAGGGACAAUACACUACUUCUACGGAGAGUGGAGCUCUUCUCCCUAGCAAGGCAGGCAGCCCGGGAGAGCUCUUACCUUUCAUCUCUCAAGGGUUCCAAGUAAGUAGAGAUCAUAACAGAAAAAGAACAAUAAACCCUGGCACGCCUGACAAAAUACUGACUGAGAUAAUACCAUUGUUAAUACCAUUGUUUUUAAUGAUGUGCAUGUGUCUGGAAUUUUUCAAAUUUACAGAAAAUGUAGCCAGGUGGGUUGGGGCCAGAUUCAACAUAUCUGCAAUAGGGGGGAAAAAAAACAAUAACUUUCUCAAUUUGCUGUCCUCUGCAGGGGACACAAUGUGAUUCACUAAAGUGAGAAUCGUCAUGAAUUUAAAGUGAAUUUCACAUGUAAGGACAAGAUAACUGAACUGGAAACAUCUGUACUUCUAGUUAAGCUACUUUGGCCUUAAAAUUAAUAUUCACUAAACAUUCCUAUCCGUUCUCAAUUUAGUGAAUAACUCUGACAGAAGAGCUCACUCAAACAAACCAUGCAUCAACCAUUAGAUGUCCCACCUUAGAAACCAUAAACAUGCUAUUAGGCCUCCCAAAUGUCCUAAGUUUGGUGGAACAGUCGCAAUUUUCAGGUCCUGUCCGCUGUCCCUACUCCUGUCGCUGUCUUGCUUUUGGGGACACCAGGGCCCCAGCAAACAUAUCUUGAGCACGUCUUCACCGAAACAGUGCUCCCUGCAAGACCUGCCCUCAGUGAGCUGGCUUGAAUGAUGGACAGGCAACCUGGGGGACAUGACCUGCCAGUAACACGAUGGAUCUGCCUCUUUUCCAGGUAGAGCCAUUGACACAAUCGCGUCACUGGUACGUCACCUUUACCUCCUUCACACUGUGCUAUGGCAAUGAUGAGCGAAGAAAAUAAUUAUAGAAUAAUUUAAUUGUUCCUGUUGUACCCCAUGACACAGUAUUCCAACAUAGGGAAACCCCAAAAUAAUUUAUAUGCCAUAGCACAAACAAAUAUUACUUAUCUUUUUCAUUACAAAUGUCAAAUGAACUUGUUCUGGUUUUAUACAGUCAGAAUUUUUUUUAACUAAAUAUAUUUUUUAUCUGAGGCAAUCCCUGAGGCUGCAUUACAGCUUACAUGUGUCAUUAGCCCUUUCAUAGUAUUUCUGUGUAAUGGAUCCAUAUGUAACGGUCCAGGAUGUCUAUAUUAAGAGGAUGAGUUCUGUGUUAUAUUUGUUCAUGAGGCAGUAGGUUUAGACUAACCAAUAGAUGUAUAUGUACAUAUUUCAAUACUGAAGUAUAAUCAGGUCCUGGCUCUUCAACCCGUUUGUGUCCUCUGCCACUAUUGUUCUGUUAACUCAGGCAAGUAGUUGUGUUUCAUGGUCAAUAAUAUGAGUCUAAGGGGUCAUAAUUAUUGUUGAGCGGACACCUGGAUGUUCGAGUCCGGUGGGUUCGGCCGAACUUUGAAAAAAAGUCUGGGUUCGGGCUCGAACUUGACCCCGAACCCGAACCCCAUUGAAGUCAAUGGGGACCCGAACUUUUGGCCACAAAAAUGGCUCUAAAAAACUCCUGGAAAGGGCUAGAGGGCUGCAAAAGGAAGUAAAAUGGGGGUAAGAGUCGAACAAGUGCCCUGCAAACAAAUGUGGAUAGAGAAAUCACUUAAAAAUAACAUAAAUAAGCAGCCGCUUAGUAGAUAACCCACUAAUUCACACAGUAUUAGGGAGCUAUCAACCAAAAGGCUGAAAGACCUAAAUUGGUAUUUCAGCCACAUUUACUAACACUGUAAAAAAAACAAAAAAAAAACGGUUGGGGGUGCUAAAUAAGAAUGUGGAGGGGGGACCUACUAUCCUCCCCCCAACCCCCACCCCUGCGCGGUGGGUGGGGGCCCCAAAUAACAAUAAGGGGGGGAGCCUAAUGUCCUCCCCCCUGCCCCCAACCCUGCACGGCGGGUAAGGGCCCUAAAUAACAAUAGGGGGGGAACCUACUGUCCUCCCCUCCCCGGCCCCCACUCCUGAGCGGUGGGUGGGGGCCAUAAAUAAAAAUUGGGGGGGGGGGGACCUAAUGUCCUCCCCCCCCGGACCCUCCCACACACAAGACAUACAUGCAUACAUACAAAGACACAUACAUACAAACAGACAGACACACACACAUAAACUCAGACAGACACACAGACAUGUGUACAAAAAACGCUAUUGUGCAAAUAAAUGCCAAAUAGUUCAAAAUGUGGAGCGCUAUAACAAUAAAAUGAACACUUACUCCUGUGAUUCUCAGGAGAUAUAGGUGGUUAUAAGGAAGUCCUUAUACAUCCAUGUUAGGUAGGAAACCUCAAAAUGGAAACGAAAACAGGGAAGCAAUGCUAACCCUGGUGUAGAAAUCCUUGGUAUAAUAGAUGGUCAAAUAUAGAUAACAAUUGGCUUCUCACCUUGUCAGGAGCCAAUAACCGGGCUCCAAGUAUGCAGAUGUAGUGUCAAAUAUAGAGUGACACAACCCUUCUUUGCAGCAACAUGAAUAUAUCACUAGUCCACUUGAAUAAAAAAUAUAACAUUUAUUGUAAAUAUAACUUUAAAACAAAUCAAUAUACUCAAGUGCUAGUGCUUGGUCCAAGGCGCGUUUCGCCUAUGUAGUUCGGCUUUGUCAAUUGGUAAAUACAUGCUGCAAAUACAAACUUUAAAUAUCCCUUAGUGAAAGCUAAUUGGAGAAUGGCAUCCGUGAUACAUCCAAUCACGGCGCUCAUGUUGGUGGGAGUAUAGGGACUCAGCUGCUGAUAAUAUUCCCAACAUCGUGAUGUCAUCACGCACGACGACUCGUGCGUGUGACAUCACACGCGGAAGUAAAAUCUUCGUGAAAGUCACUUUAUUUUAGACAAACAGACAUACACACAUACAUACAAACACAUACAAACAGACAGACACACAGACACAUAUACAAAAUGUUUAUGUUUCCUCCUGUUUCCUACCUUUUAGGUGCAAGAGGGUGACUUUCCUUGGGGUCCAGUGGUGGCUCAGGUUGAUGGAAGUCAGAGUUCCCACUCUGACUCCCUUCUCUGCUUCCUCCCGCGCGGGCUCUGUGUAUGCUGGGAGGAGUGACCGCGGCAGUAACUUCCUCCCAGUGUGUGAUGUCAUCACAGGGGGCCUGGUCACACUGUUAAAGUUCCGCAGCAUGGGCCACCCGAUGGACUCCCUAAAACAGCGGCCCCUGCCUGCACAGCAAACAUGAUUGUGGGUACCCAGUCGCAGCUGCGACCCCAAUAUGUAAGCCACUGCAGGGGGCCCAAGAAAAUGCAUUGCCCAGGGACCUAUUCAUAUUAUAGACGGCCCUCAUUCACCCAUCAGGUUCAGGAAUUCUCACAUCUGUUUUUCCUGUUGAUACAAAAGAAGGCAAAAAAACGUCAGUCAGAUCUCUCCUUGGGUCAAGAAGCUAUUUCCCCACAAAUUAAAAAUAGAUUCCUGUAUAUUAUGUUUUUGCAAGUGUUCAUCCAGUUGCUCUAUAAGAAUCUGUACAGACUCUGAUAAAACCACCUCUUCGGGCAGAGAAUUCCACAUCCUUAUUGUUCUUACUGUACAAAUCUCAUUCCUUUCCCUUAGGCUAAAUCUCCUUUCUUUCAGUCUAAAUAUGUGACUUUUUGUCCUAUUAUAGUCCUGUUUAUGAAUAGAUUUCAGACAAUGAUUUAUAUUGGCCAUAAAUAUAUUUGUAUAAUGCUAUCAUAUCCCCUCUGAACUAAACAAAUUUAAAUGUGUUAUCCUUUAUUCAUAACUAAAAUGUUCCAUUCCUUUUAUUAAUUUUGUAGCCCGCCUCUGCACUUUUUCUUCUAGUGCCACAAUACUCCUCUUUAGAACAUGGGCCCAAAAUUGCAUAGUAUAUUCACAGUAUGGUCUUACCAUUAAUUUAUAAAGAGACAACAUUAUAUUUGCAACUGCUGAUUGGCAUUGCACAUUGUUGCCUAGUUUGUUGGCUAUAACAAUUCCCAAGUCAUUCUCGUGUGUUGGUAUUCCUAAAUCACUACCUUUUAUGGUGUAAAUUGCUUGUGCAUUCUUUACCCAGAAGUGCAUAACUUUGCAUUUAUCUACAUUAAAUUUAAUAUGCCAUUUGAGUGCCCACUCCCACAAUCUAUCUAAAUCCCUCUACAUCGAAGUAAUAUCCUACUCACACUGUAUUACUUGAGUGUUUUGUUUCAUCUGUAAACACAGAAACAUGACUUUCUAAGCCUAUUUCAAGUUCAUUUAUAAAUAUGUUAAAUAGAAAUGGUCCCAGCAUAGAACCCGAGGGACACCACUUACCAUUUUUGCCCAGCUUUAAAAUUUACCAUUAAUGACUCGUUGUACUCUAUCCUUAAGCCAAUGUUCUACCCAAGAACAAGAAUUUUCAUCUAGACCGAUUUCUUUUGGUUGGAUUACUAACCUGUUUUGUGUAUCAAACACCUUGGCAAAAUCCAAUUAGAUCAUAUCUAAUUAUACAUAUUAUGAUAACAUUAUACAAAUAUAUUCGUGGUCAAUACAAACCAUUGUGUGGAAAUCUAUUCACAAACCGGACUUUACAUAGGACACGAGGCCAUGCGUUUAGACUGGAAGAAAGAAGAUUUCGUUUAAGGCAAAGGAAAGGUUUUUUUUACUGUAAGAACAAUCAGGAAGUAGAAUUCUCUGCCUGACGAAGUGGUUUUAUCAGAGUCCAUACAGAUGUUCAAACAGCUACUAGAUGCAUACUUGCAAAAACAGAAUAUUCAAGGAUAUAAUCUUUCAAUGUAGGGUAAUAACUGCUUGAUCCAAAGAUAAAUCUGACUGCCAUUCUGGGGUCAAGAAGGAAUUUUUUUCCUAGCUUGUUGCAAAAUUGUGCUUCAAACUGGCUUUUUUUGCCUUCUUUUGGAUCAACAGCAAAAAACAUAUGUGAGGAAGGCUGAACUUGAUGGACGCAAGUCUCUUUUCAGCUAUGUAACUAUGUAAUAUCUACUGCAACACCCUGAUCUAUGCUUCUACUUACUUCUUUGUAGAAUGCAAUUAAGUUAGUGUGACAUGACCUAUGCUUCAUAAAACCAUGCUGAUUUUAGAUAAUAAGUGUUCUUCCAAAUGAAUUCCUGAAUAUUAUCCAUUAAUAACCCUUCAAAUAUUUUCCCAGCCACAGAAGUUUAGCUAUCGGGUCUAUAAUUUCCUGGCAAAGAUUUGAAUAUAGGAACCACAUCUGCCUUCCUUAAAAUGCCCCCAGUACAAUUCUUGAAAGAAAAGAAUCCUAAAAGAUUAAAAACAGAGGUUUCCACACUUAGCUCCUAUGAAUACCGUUAAGCCCUGGAACAUUGGUUACAAUAACUUUCUUUAGUUGUUGCAGCACCUUGCAGCAAUCAGUUGCCAUAGGAUCCACCUUAUAUACCGAGGGACAAAUAGUUAAAGUGUAUGCCUUUUCCUGGUCAUUAAGUAACACAACCACCUUUAGUAUACCUAUACAAUCAUUUUUUAUAUUUUUUUUAAAGAAUGUAUUUACUUUCAAAAUAAAAUUGGUUUUGCUCUCUUUUUCAAUCACCUUCUCAUUUUCUAGUACAGCCCAUGUAAUCACCCUUUUUAUUUUUGGCUUCCUUAUAUAAGAUGCCUCUGAUUUAUCUGAUUUAAAAAUUCUUCAAAUACCCUUUCUUCUUUUUAAUUUCUUGGUUUACUUUCCCACUCAGUCACAUUGGUUUCAGUUUGUUUCUUUUAUAUGUAUUAACCAAUGGUACAUGCUGAGACGUUUACCUUUCUGAUAUUAGAUUGAAGAUAUUCCAUUCAUCCUCUGGGUUUUAUUUUCACUAAAGAGCUUAUCCCAGUCAAUAGGUAAAGCUGCCCUAGUCUUAUUGAAUUUGACCUUUUAAAAAUGAUAUGUUUUAGUAUACCCCAUGUGUAUUUGCUUUCUUUGAGUUUAUUUUAAAAUACACUAUAUUGUGAUCACUAUUUCCCAAGUGUUCCCCUACUUUAAUGUUGGUCAAAAGAUCAAUAUUGUUUGUAACUUCCAGAUCCAGACAACUGUCCUUUAUAGUUGGUGCUCGUACCAGUUGUGACAUGAAGGUGUAUUUUGACAGGUUCAAAAACUUGAUUCCCGUUGCUGAAUUACAGAUGCUUCUCACUUACCAUCCUGGUUCCUUUCUGUUAAAGUUCCUAUUACUUUCCAUGACUGUGCAAAAGAGAACUGUACACUUGUCAAAUGUUAUUUCACAGUCUAGAACAUGACCAUUUUAACAAUCUAGAACAAUCUAGAACUAGUUCUAAUAUUCUGCUUUCUUACAGGCAAAAUUCUGAAGAUAUUGGUGUUCUUCAGACAAAAGUGCCUAAACAAGAGGUAAUUGUGCUGCAUGUGGGAUGUGAAUGUUUGAAGUGUGAUUUAAUUAAUGUAAAAUUCAGUCUCUAAAAUAAUACCAGAGUGAUACAAAUGCAAAAAAAAAAAAACAAUGUUAGGCACAAGGAUAUAUUGUUUUAUUCAUUUUGUAAGGCAUGUAAUGCCUUUACUUACAUAUGAUUAGUGAGGAGCACAAAUACACAGUAAAACAUGUUGCAUGCUAAAGAUAUAUACUUGUCAACGAUGGUUCUACCUCAGUACACCAACAUCAAUGAAAACAAAACUAAUUGGCCAUUGUCACAAUAAUCUGACACUGAUAGAAUUUGAAGUCAACAGCAACCAAACUUCUCCCACUCCAAAACAAUACAAAACAAACAUAUGAGGGUCCAAAUGAUGCCUUCUUAAUCUAAUUAAAUGUACACCCAGUAGGUCUUCUGCCUCCCUUCAAAAUCUAUGUUUCUUUCAUCUCUCAAUUGAUAAGGUAAGCAAUGAUUGUCUUCAUUUUGAAAAAUCAACUCAUGAUGUCCUAGCGAUCAGACAGCUGUAAACCAAUCACACACUGUAAAAUAUUAAGCAACAUUCUUAAUUAUAUAUGUGUUAUCCUUAAUAUAUAUAAACACAUCCUCCUCUUUUUUCAGCCGUUGGAGGGGGAAUCUGAAAGAGGGAUGACACCAGUUCGAAUUAGUCUUGAAGAAGACAGUGGAAGCUUGUCUGGCGAGAGCAUUGAUGGACAUCUGCAAGGUAAACACUAUACCAUCACAUCAGUACUAUUAAUAUCUUUUAAUUUACAGUAUUUCUAAAUCUUUAUGAUAACAAAAUUAUUUAACAUAUAUUAACAUACUAUGCUUUAUAUUUCAGGCUAACCCAUUUCUCCUAAAUGACCAGAAAUAGGAAGUGGUGCUUAGUAGGAUGUAUUUGCAAGAUUUAUAUAUUCUCAUUAGAAAAGUAACCAGAAAUUGAUCAUUCCUAUCAACUAUUGAGAGUAUUGAAGUUUUAUAUUAAUAAACUAACAGGGUGCCUGUCUUUACCGAGGUCACACAGUAUAGAUGCAGGGGUAAAAUCACAUGUUCAUAGUGGAAUAUUUCACCAGGUGGUUCUUUAUUUUGGAAAUCUGGAACAUAAGGCAAAGGCCAGGCUGAAAAAUUACCAGUUUUAGAAGCAAAAAGAAAAAGUUGCCAUAUUCAAAAAACAGAAAGUGGAAUUAAGUGAUUUCUGCUUAGUAUGGUCAUCAAUAAACACACCAUGGUAUGCUAAUGUUUAAACUGCUGAAAAGAUUGUGGACUAUGAUUAAAAGGAUUCUAUAACCCCCGGCAUGUAAAGGGUUUAAAAAACCCUUUGUGUACUCACCCAAUUCCAGCGCUGACAUCCCUCAGCGCUGGGUCGGUGAUCUGCCUCCUCUGACGUCAAUCAACUGGGGGCAAAUGUAUGAGCACUGCAAGCGCAUUAUGUCGUCCACGUAGGAGAGCAUUGCUUCAACAGAGUUUGAGGGUGUUAAGCAUCAGACAAACAAAAGUGUCCCUUGUGGCUGUCUGAUUCUCAGCCACUAGCAAUGGUCUUCUCAAAAACUGCAAUGAUUUACACUGCAGGACUAAGUUGGACAGGGGCAUUGCACCCACACCACUACAAUGAGAGGAAGUGGUCUGGGUGCCUAAAAUGUCUCUCUCGGGAGACAAAAUGCAUUAAACCCUGUUGCCUAUAGUCUAUUUAUUUUGUUUGUUUUUAUAUGUUUUAAUGUAACUACAUUGUUUUAUUUUUAUUGUUUUGUUUGUUUUAAUGUGAUUACAUUAAAGAGUUUGAAUUUUAGUUAAGGGAUUAAACUAGUUUGAAGAGAGCUAUUCAAUUUCUGUUUAUGCAGAUGGAAAGAUGACUAAUGCUUACCAUUGUACACUUAUUUGGCUAUAUUGUUAUUACAUUUCUGAUCAUCCUAUAUUAUGAGUUACACAAGUCUUUGAUUAGGGAAAAUGAUUUGUAAUACGUGAAUCUUCUUCUACAGCUCUGGCUAUGAGAAUACCUUCCUCUCCUGGAGCACUUCCAGCGGAUCUUUCUCUUGCUUUGCCCCAUCCUGGCCCUUGGAGUAGACAACUUCUUCAGCAGACACUGAUGGAUGAGGGUUUACGAUUGGCAAGGCUAGUGUCACGUGACCGUUUGGGACGCCUCAGUCUAUGUGUGUCUGGUCCGCAUCAUGUCACAGGUGAGGAGGGUCAAUGUCUAAUGCAUCUUUUGAGACAGGAGCAAAACAGAGAAUGUUGCUGAUAACCAGUGAUGAGUUAUUACGAUAAGACUCGUAUCCGCAUUUAGACCACAUGACGCUAGUUCUUCCUGUUGUACUGUAUUAGUUUUGAUCUGAUUCGUGGUGUACUUCAGUCAAAUUAUUUACUAUAUAAGUGUGUUCUAAUAAUUCAUUAAGUGCAUCAAGAGCUUCAGUUCUUUGUUUUGCAAAGUGGACCAUUUUAUGUCUAAAAUCUUGUCUUAUAGCAUGUGCAUCUGACUAUUCCUUCAUUGAAAUAUGACCUUGUAUCUUUUAUUAUACAGUGAGUGGAGUUCUGAGGAAAGGUGUUAGCCAGAAGUACUGAUAUCAUUAGAUUGAAUUUAUUGCAGUUAAAAGGUAUACUAUAUUGUUGUAUUCCUAACGCUAUAGUGUAUUCCUAACACUAUAAUGUUUCACUCUUGACUUAGAUUCAAGCUCCACUAACUCACAUAAAAAAAGAAAACUGAAAAGGGUUUUACAUACACAUUUUCAGCACUGUGACUCACUCCAUCCAGUUGCCUGCUCCACCUCAGGUGACAUUUUCCUGAAGGUUGACUCAUUUUCGGUCUGUUUCAAGGUCUAACUCAGUGUACUUGAGCCUUCUUUCAACCAAGAUUACUCUGAAACUGAGGUUAUGUUGUUACAGAAACAUGAUGUACGAUGCAGUUUUUUUUGUUGUUGCUGUUUUUUCUCAAUUGAGUAACUGUAGUUUAAAAUAUGUAAUUCAUAUUGACUUUACUUUAAAUUUCAAACAAUUUACAUGUUAACCAUUAAUCCUGUAUGUAUAGUUUACAAAUAAUAACAAUUUAUUUUACAGAAACACAAACUCAAUAUAGUUCAUAAAUGGCACACACUCACUCAAUUUAAACAGCGGACACAUACCGUACAUAUUUAACAAAACAACUAUCUCUUUUUAGGGAUAGUAAGUGAUACUAUGUAGUGCCUAAACAAAAAGCAGCUCAACACAUAGAGCGGAAUACCCUUAUUUCCACAAUCAAUCUAAAAUACUGUGUGUGACUAUAAGCUAUACACAGUAUAUACUUUAAAAUAUAUGUAUAAAAUAUACACCAACUGGUGGAGCGCUAUAUAAAUAUAAUAUAGUGGAGGGGUCCACUUACCCCAUUAAUGCAAUAACACACUUGGGAAUAUGCACUUGGAGACACAUAUAAAGAGAAAAAGAACACUAUAUAUUUCAGUUUUUUUCUGUUUAUAUGUGUCUCCAAGUGCAUAUUCCCAAGUGUGUUAUUGCAUUAAUUGGGUAAGUGGACCCCUCCACUAUAUUAUAUUUAUAUAGCGCUCCACCAGUUGGUGUAUAUUUUAAAGUACAUACCGUAUAUAGUUUAUAGUCACACACAGUCACAAAAUGCAAUUUGUAAGCAAUGGGAUUGAUUCACUUAACGCAUAAUUAUAGCAAACUGCAAUCUGAAUUGCAGGCUAAAUUGUGAAUAUAAAAAUAAACAAAAAAAAUAAACAAUGUGUGCUUUUCCCCAAAGUUAUACUGAAAUAAAGCACCUGCAGCACUCGUGGACACCCUACGCAGCAAAGCAACACACGCUUUAUAAUCUAAUUGUAUAGUAACCAAUACCAAACAAGGUGCAAGUGGAGCACUAAAUAAUUUAGUUGACUUACACCUAUUUUACUUGAGGUUUCAUAUGUGAUAUGUAAAAUGGAAAACAUAAACAAUAGUGUAACACUAUUAUAUCAUCAUAUUACAUAUAUGAUAUGUAGUGAUGUCCCGAACGGUUCGCCGCGGACUCAUCAUUGAGUAAACUUUGACCCUGUACCUCACAUUCAUUGUGAAGCUGCAUUCUUAGUGAGCUGUCCAGGAGGUGGGAGGGUCUGGGAGGGAGGGUCUGCUGCUGAUUGGCUGGAAUGUGUCUGCUGACUGUGAGGUACAGGGUCAAAGUUUACUCAAUGAUGAGUCCGUGGCGAACCGUUCGGCGAACCGUUCAGGACAUCACUAAUGAUAUGUAAAGUGAAAAACAUAAACAAUAGUGUAAUACAUAGUUACAUAGCUGAAAAGAGACUUGCGUCCAUCAAGUUCAGCCUACCUCACAUUUGUUUUUUGCUGUUGAUCCAAAAGAAGGCAAAAAAACCCAGUUUGAAGCACAAUUUUGUAACAAGCUAGGAAAAAAAAUCCUUCUUGACCCCAGAAUGGCAGUCAGAUUUAUCCUUGGAUCAAGCAGUUAUUACCCUACAUUGAAAGAUUAUAUCCUUGAAUAUUCUGUUCUUACAAGUAUGCAUCUAGUAGCCGUUUGAACAUCUGUAUGGACUCUGAUAAAACCACUUCCUCAGGCAGAGAAUUCCACAUCCUGAUUGUUCUUACAGUAAAAAAAACCUUUCCUUUGCCUUAGACGAAAUCUUCUAUACUACUAUAAUACUAUAAAUACUACUAUAUCAUAUCAUGUUACAUAUGAUAUGUAAAAUAAAAAACAUAAACAAUAGUGUAAAGUGCAAUGAAAUUUUUAAGUGCAAAUUCUGCAGCAAGCUAUUCAGCUUACAUUUGAAGAAACCUAAAUAAACUGUCUCUGAUCUUAAGGGCCUCUGCGCUUUUAAGGUGACACACCACCUUUUUGCUCAGGUCUCUCAGCGUAAUGGCCAGACUAGUGUAGUAUUUGAGGAAAUGGCAGAGUGCAGAGUAGAACACAUAGCUUAUAAUAAGAAUUGACAAGAAUUUUAAACCAAAUAGAUGUGUUUCAAUUAGUGUAUUCUGGAUUUAAAUUUAAAAUUCAACUUGAAUUCUUGACAUUGCACGCAAAACUGAUUAACCCUGAUUAAAAUUCUUAUAUUUCAGAAUGUGAUGAUGGGGGAUCAGAAGGUAGCCCAAGUUUGCCAGUUUCGCCACAGAUUAAGGAACUUCGAUCAAGGAAUGGAAAGGGGCAAGAGGAAAGCAAUUGAGAAGAUCCCAAUGCCAGAAUUCUGCAGACUCUAGGUGAUAAUUGUCAUAAUAAACAGCAAAUUCAUCAAAAUGACCUCUAGAAUGUGAAACUCCACUUCAUUAACCCCUUAAGGACACAUGACAUGUGUGACAUGUCAUGAUUCCCUUUUAUUCCAGAAGUUUGGUCCUUAAGGGGUUAAUGAGGAAUUACAGAAAAAAGCUACAACAGAAAUUCACUUAUAGUCUUGAGUGCCAGACAUAGUUUUAUAAAGGGUGUGACACAAAGCUGUAUUCCUACUCUGCCCCCCACUUCACUUGCACUUUUCCCCAGCAGUUAAAGGGUUAAAAAAACAUUACUCACUUAUCUUAUUCCAGAGCUGAGGUCUCUAGGCGCUGGCUCCAUCUACGACUCCUUCGACAUCAGUGCUGAACCUAAUGUGCAUGCAAGGUGAGCGCUGUGCAAGCGUUAAGCCUUCAACAUAGGGAUGCAUUAAAUUAAUGCUUUACUAUGGGGUUUUCCUUGACACUGUAGUGUUCUUUUACGUAGUCAGAUUCCAUGAACAAGCAGGAAGCUGUUUCACAGCAACUAGAUGCAGUCUUAGCAUUGCAAUGUAAAAAUUGCAGAUUCUCAAAAAAAAAAUGCAAAUGGAGAGGACAAGAAAACUGCAGCCAGACAUAAGUGCCUAUUCAUACAUCUUACAUAAUAACUGUCCAUGGGAGAUUGCGUAAAGCAGUUUCAUUCACAUAUUUUUAUAAAUUAAACUCCUGUGGAAAUUCAAACUGCAUAUCUUAAACCAUGCUUGCCAUUAGCUAAUUUCUUUGUCCAUUAAAAUAAUGGAUAGGGGAACCCUGGUUAAGAGACACUAAUCCGGGGACUUUUCAUCAAAUGUAGGCACUUUACAGGUAAGGGUUAGUUUAUAGAUAGAAUGUAAUUUUCAUGCAAAAAGUAAUGCAUUAAAGGGUCACUGUAGUCACCAAAACAACUUCAGUUAAAUUAAGCAGUUUUGGUGUAUACAGUGAGGAAAAAAAGUAUUUGAUCCUCUGUGAUUUUGAACAUUUGCCCACUGACAAAGAAAUGAUCAGUCUAUAAUUUUAAUGGUAGGUGUAUUUUAACAGUGAGAGACAGAAUAACAAAAAAAAAUCCAGAAAAACGCAUUUCAAAAAAGUUAUAAAUUGAUUUGCAUGUCAAUGAGUGCAAUACUUAUUUGACCCCUUUGACUUAGUACUUGGUGGCAAAACCCCUGUUGGCAAUCACAGAGGUCAGACAUUUCUUGUAGUUGACCACCAAGUUUGCACACAUCUCAGGAGGGAUUUUGUACCACUCCUCUUUGCAGAUCCUCUCCAAGUCAUUAUGGUUUCAAGGCAUUAUGCCAUUUUCAAUGAGCUUGCUGAGGGAAGCAGGAUCUCACAUGGUCCCGUCCAUCGUCCCUUUGAUGCAGUGCAAUUGUCCUGUCUCCUUAGUAGAAAAACACCCCCAAAGCAUAAUGUUUCCACCUCAUGUUUGACGGUGGUGAUGGUGUUCUUGAGGUCAUAGGCAGCAUUCCUCCUCCUCCAAACAUGGCGAGUUGAUGUCAAAGAGCUUGAUUUUGGUCUCAUCUGACCACAACACUUUCACCCAGUUCUCCUCUGAAUUAAGAUGUUCACUGGCAAACUUCAGACAGGCCUGUACAUGUGCUUCCUUGAGCAGGGGGAACUCGCGGGCGCUGCAGGAUUUCAGUCCUUCACGACAUAGUGUUACCAAUUGUUUUCUUGGUGACUAUGGUCACAGCUGCCUGUACUAUGGUGCCAGCUGCCCAGCUGCAUUAACAAGAUCCUUCCGUGUAGUUCUGGGCUGAUUCCUCACCAUUCUCAUGCUCAUUGAAACUCCACAAGGUGAGAUCUUGAAUGGAGCACCAGACCGAGGGAGAUUGACAGUUAUUUUGUGUUUCUUCCAUUUGCGAAUAAUCGCACCAACUGUUGUCACCUUCUCACCAAGCUGCUUGGCGAUGGUCUUGUAGCCCAUUCCAGUCUUGUGUGGGUCUACAUUCUAUGGACAGCUCUCUGGUCUUGGCCAUGGUGGGGAGUUUGAAAUUUGAUGGAUUGACUGCUUCUGUGGACAGGUCUCUUUUAUACAGGUAAUGAGCUGAGAUUAAGAGCACUCCCUUUAAGAGCAUUCCCUCAGCUCGUUACCGGUAUAAAAGACACAUGGGAGACAGAAAUCUUGCUGAUUGAUAGGGGAUCAAAUACUUAUUUCACUCAUUGACAUGCAAAUCAAUUUAUAACUUUUUUUGACUUUUUGUUUGUCUGUUUUUAUUUUUUUUUGCUCUUCUUUCUCACACUGUUAAAAUACACCUACCAUUAACAUUAUAGACUGAUCAUUUCUUUGUCAGUUGGCAAACAUUCAAAAUCAGCAGGGGAGCAAAUACUUUUUUUCCCUCACUGUAGAUCAUGCCCCUGCAGUCUAAUUGCUCAAUUCCCUGCCAUUUAGGAGUUAAAUCACUUUUUUUAUGCAGCCUUAGUCACACCUCCCUGCAUGUGACUUACACAUCUUUUCCAAACACUUAAUGUAAAGUGUCCUCUAAUGUUUAUCCUUCCUUUAUUGCAUAUUCUGUUUAAUUUAGAUUUUCUUAUUUCCUGCUCUGUUAACAGCAUACUAGACCCUGCAGGAGUCUCCUGUAUAUAAUUAAAGUUCAAUUUACAGAGCAGGAGAUACAAACUUUUAAAAUACCUUACAUCUGAUUGAAAAUUAAACCAUUUUGUUUCCAUGCAGGCUGUGUGAGUCAUAGCCAGGGGAGGUGUGGCUAGGGCUGCAUAAAAAGAAGCAAAGUGGUUUAACUUCUAAAUGGCAGUGAAUUGAGCAGUGAAACUUCAGAUGCAUGAUCUAUACACAAACACUGCUUUAUUAAAGGAACACUAUAGUCACCUAAAUUACUUUAGCUAAAUUAAGCAGUUUUAGUGUAUAGAUCAUUCCCCUGCAAUUGCACUGCUCAAUUCACUGUCAUUUAGGAGUUAAAUCCCUUUGUUUCUGUUUAUGCAGCCCUAGCCACACCUCCCCUGGCUAUGAUUGACAGAGCCUGCAUGAAAAAAAAACUGGUUUCACUUUCAAACAGAUGUAAUUUACCUUAAAUAAUUGUAUCUCAAUCUCUAAAUUUAACUUUAAUCACAUACAGGAGGCUCUUGCACGGUCUAGCAAGCUAUUAACAUAGCAGGGGAUAAGAAAAUCUUAAUUAAACAGAACUUGCAAUAAAGAAAGCCUAAGUAGGGCUCUCUUUACAGGAAGUGUUUGUGGAAGGCUGUGCAAGUCACAUGCAGGGAGGUGUGACUAGGGUUCAUAAACAAAGGGAUUUAACUCCUAAAUGGCAGAGGAUUGAACAGUGAGUCUGCAGGGGCAUGUUCUAUACACCAAAACUGCUUCAGUAAGCUAAAGUUGUUCAGGUGACUAUAGUGUCCCUUUAAGCUAAAGUUGAUUUGGUGACUAUAGUGUUCCUUUAAAAAUGGGAUGAACGUAAGCCUUGAUUAGCUCUUUAAUGUCUACUGGGCUUCAGGGGAACAAGAGCCUAAUUCUGCCAGGAGGCCAAAAUUGUUGUUAGUCUUUUUCUGUUGAUAGAUCACUUAUCAAAGAGAAAACAUAUUCAUCAGAGAUAAAACACAUUUGGGCGAGUAAUUUUUAUGGUUUCUUUUCUUUUUUUUCAGAUGGAUUCCAUGACCUUCUAGAGAUCACGGCAGAUUCUGUUUUGGCUAUCUCUUGUAUUUACAGAAAACUGAUGGAUUCCUCUACUGAUAUCUCCCAGGGAUUGGUCAGCAAAGCAAUAACCAUGAUCAUGUUGUAAUAGUCAGAAUAUUGACUAUUCCUUGUAGACAAUGAAAAGUCUGUUGAUAUGGACAAAAUUAUUACAGCUUUAAUCUCUUUAAUCUCUCUUAAUAUAAAGGAAGCCAGAAAAUAACAUCACAACAUACUAAAAAUCUAUAUAAAAAUGCAAAUGUUUAUAUUCUGCCUUGGAAAAUAGACCAUAGUGUGUCAUUAGUUGGUAGCACCAGUUUAAACCCAAUCUUCAUGAAAAUGUGUACAUUCCAAAACUUGUCAGUGUUGAGCUUCUUAAAGGAGACUUGCCAUGCUUAUGGUGUAUUGUGGUAAUUUCCUGGCAAAUUUAUUGUUAUAUUGUUAUUGUGUAGUCUCAGACCUUAUAUUAACUUCAUCCCAUUAUUAUGUCUGAGAAAGGACAUUCCUACUGAUAGCUUACAUAUGUGGCAGACCCAACAAAAAUGACUGCUUUUAAAUAAAUACUAUCCGUUUAAAUAAAACAAUAAACAAAAAGCUUAAAUGAUCACUAUAGUGUCAGGAAAACAAACUCGUUUUUUUGACAGUAUAUAACCCUUAGCUCCCCCCCACCCUCCAGGGCCCCCCUUCAGCCACUUACCUUUAGCCAGCGCCGGGCUCCCUAGGCGCUGGUGACCUCUCCUCCCACUCCAACAUCAGCUCCUGAGUGGAGCGGAAUGCGCAUGCGCGGCCAGAGUUGUGCACGCAUUAAAAACGCCCAUAGGAAAGCAUUUCUCAAUGCUUUCCUAUGGACGUUCUGCAUGCUGAAUGCGAUUUUCACAUUCAGCAUCGCAAACACGUCUCUAGCGGCUAUCAGGAAGACAGCCACUAGAGGCCGGAUUAACCCUGCAAUGUAAACAUAGCAGUUUCUUUGAAACUGCUAUGUUUACAUCUGAAGGGUUAAAACCUAGGGGACUUGGCACCCAGACCACUUCAUUGAGAUGGGUUACUAUAGUGGUCCUUUAACCCCUUAAGGACCAAACUUCUGGAAUAAAAGGGAAUCAUGACAUUUUACACAUGUCAUGUGUCCUUAAGGGGUUAAGUCCAUAGAACAUUAAUCAAGAUAGACAUGAUCUUCUCUUUGGGCCCAAAAAUAUUUUACAUGUUCUCUAAAUAAAUUACAAUAUUUUUAGAUUUGAGGCUUGCAGAUAGAUCUUCUAAAACAUUCUAUAUAGGUUUGUUUAUGUGUGUCAUCUAAGUAUUAGUAUUUCAUAUAGUAAUGCACCUUAUAUCAUAAAAUAUUUUAAAAAUUCUCACAUACUCUUUAUAAUUCUGAAAUGUCUUGUCUCGUGUGCAGCCUGUUAUCCUCGUUUCUGUGAUACAUUAUUUAUUGGUGCAUAUGGUCUUAAAGAACCACUUAACACAACACGUUCUACUAUAGAACGUGAUGUGUUCUGUAUGUUGGACCAUAACAAAUGUAUCAGGAUAUAUAUUUUACAUUUAUUUGAUAGGGACAGAAUUGAACUAAGCCUUUAGGAAGUGUGUAGGGAGGCUGCGAUGUUCAUAGCCAAAGGAGUGUGGCUUUUGAGGUUGUUUAACUUUUAAACUGUACAGUAUUGAGCAGUGAGAUUGUAGGGGCAUGAUUUAUGCACUAAAACUACUAAAUGAAGCUGCCGUGGUAUUGGUAUUUAUAUUAACCCUUAAAGGUUUGAGGGACUUAGGGUUAAUUUUACAAAUUAAGUGAGUUAAUGCUCCAGGAUCCAAAACCCUAAUUCUUCCUUUACCUUAAAGCACCUAACCGCAAGCUUGCCCUAACCUGAAAUGCCACCUAAGUCUCCUUAACCCUAACUAUCCCUAAAUCGACUGCAUGGGAUACAUUUCAGUCAUUAUAAACUAAUGUAUAAUUAUAUGGAAAAAUUAAGGUGAAAAAGGUACAUUUAAAAAAAAAACCCUGCAAAAACUCCCUAAAAACUGAUUUCUCUGCACAGUGGUAACAAUAAUAGUCAACACCCAACAGGCGUGUGCUUUAAACAAUAAAUCCGAGAAUAUUUAUCUUUAAAGGGACUCUAUAGUCACCAGAAUGGUUGGUGUUCACUAUAGGAUCAGGAAUACAUGUUUGUGUUCCUGACCCUAUAGUGAUCCUUUAAGAUACACUAUCUUCCAAUAAGUGAAAACAUAUGUAAAAAAAAAAUUAUAAUACACCAUAUAGUGCUACUCAGAUGUGGUAAUGUUGGUGUAAACAACAUACAAUACUGAUAAUUCUAUUUUGGAUCAAUAGCUACAAGGAAUUUAAUUAUACAAUAUAAUGUUACUAUAUCUUUAAGAGGUGCUGUUGAAAACAAUAUGAUACGUUGAAAACCUAUAAGUGACAGAUAAAGCUGACAGACAUGUGAGUAAAAUGUGUAUAUUUAGCAAGAGACAGAAAUUGGCAACAGAGAAAGGUAUGAAAAUAGUCUGGAAUGUUGGCACCUUCCUUUUUGAGUUGGCAGUUAUAAUGACUGCAAGGUAUGGAACACCAAGGUGAACCAAAACAUUAACCGGCUGAUUUUGGCUGUGUGUGCAUAUAUCAGAGCCGAGUGUAGCGUCUGAUGUCACCUGUUUCUUCGAUCAUUUACAAGAUUAUUUUGAUACCUUUCCCUCUUGCCAAUUUCUAUCCUAGAUAAGGGAUAUUACAGCACUGUAUUAUUAUCCCAUAGCGAGUGGGCACUAGGAACUCUUACGAAAAUGUCUAUGGUUUUAAGGAAAAGGAGAGAUCAAAUUAGUUUUUUUUACUAUUUGCCAGCAGUAUCAAAGUGUAUUGUGUUGUGAGAGUGAGUAAACAAAGUUAUUUAACAGCACAUUUCAUUAAUACAAAGACAUUCAUAACUGCAGAAAUCCUGCUUUUAAUUUCAGAGUAAAAUAAUGGAACACUUCAAUGCAAAAAAAAUAAAAAAUUAGUAUUUUUAUUUAGUAAAUAUAACCACAAGAAAGCAUACAUUUAUUUCUGCAAUUUUUCUUUGGGGGAGGUUUGUUUGCAGUCUCUGCAAUCCCUUCUAUCUUUAACUUAUGACAGAGUUUCAGUCUGUCCUGGGAAAUACUCCAAUCAGAGGCUUUAGUACAGCUCACUGAAAAGGGGAGAAGGUAGUUAACUGCUAGCACAGCAAGUUGCUACUUCCAUUAGCUCUGCGGAGUGUCCCAUUAGACUGCCACUAGUGACUGUCUUCCAGACAGUCAGUAGAGGUACUUCCUGGCCGUUCACAAAGUUUAACUCAGUAAAAAAAACAGUGGAUGUCCUCACGCUUUGCAUGAAGAAAUCCCACCAUCUUGAAAAUCACCAUAGGGAAGCAUUGAUUCAAUGCUUUUUUUAUGGGGAAUCCCUUUACUGAGAGGGUAGUGGAUGCAUGGAAUAGCCUUCCAGCUGAAGUGGUAGAGGUUAACACAGUAAAGGAGUUUAAGCAUGCGUGGGAUAGGCAUAAGGCUAUCCUAACUAUAAGAUAAGACUAGGGACUAAUGAAAGUAUUUAGAAAAUUGGGCAGAAAAGAUGGGCCGAAUGGUUCUUAUCUGCUGUCACAUUCUAUGUUUCUAUGUUUCUAUUUUGCACCUGUCCCAGUGGCCAAUUCUUGCAGCAAAGAAAGGGCUAAAAACACCUUUCAUUCACGUACCUUAUUACAGCAUUAAAGUCCUUUGGCCCUGGCUCCGUCACCGCCUCCUCUAAAAUCAGCACAGAGGAACUUAUCCUGGAAUAAGGUAAGUGAUUUCAAGUUUUUUUUUAACCCUUUAAUUGCUGCAAGAGAGGGUUGCAGGACAUUAUAGUGUUUGGUUUACAAAGCUGUAUUCCUAACAGUAUAGUGUUUCUUUAACGGAAGCAUAAAAAAACUUAUCUGGCUGAUUUCUAGACCCCCCAAUUUAUAAAAAUACACCAUUUCUAUUGAAAUUAGUACUUUUCUAAACUGUUGUGAAUGUGACAGGCUCCAGACAAACAAAGCACUUCAGCUUCAGAAAGAUUUGUAUGUGUGGAGUUGGUUCUUUAAAUACGGACAUACUGAUCUUGACUGCAGAGUAAAACUGAUAUGCUUAUAAAAGUUUGGUGUAAGUAGACUAUUCUAAAAAAAAAUUAAUCAUGGCGGAGACUGGCUAAACUUGUUCUAUUCUCUUGUCUGUAUUUGUAAAUAUCUGUGAGUACUCACUUGUUAAAAAUAAAUAUAUGCUUAACAUUAUGUUUGACAAUAGAAAGCUUUUUCAAUUAUUUGGAUUUAUUUCGAUAACAUCAAUAAUGCAUCAUUAAAUAAUUGACUAGCUACAUAGAAUGUCUUCUCUGUGCCUAAUUUUGUCUGUAGACGUAUACAGGGUAUUAAAAAAAAAUAUAUAUAUAUCCCUUUAACACGCUGAAAUGUUUGACUAUGUAUCAAUAUUCACAGUAUCUGUCUUGUUAAAUGUAACUGUAGAAAACCAUAGACCAUUAUUAAAUGUAUCUAGGAAAAACACGUCUUGUACUGUGUCACAUACCAGAGGAGCUCACUGGUGAUUGGUAGCAAAUGUAGUUCUGUGUGUAUUCUGUUCACAACUUAUAGUAUUAGCAUUUUAUUUUGUUGUACAGUAGAUUAUUUAUUUUGUUAUUUGAAUCAAUAAAGGUUUUUUUUACGGCUCACUUCCUGUGGUACAUAUUUUCUUACAUUAAAGCAGCAGUGUCAAUUUUCAGGUCUUGUUUUUAAAUGAAUCCUUAUUUGUCUCAUUCUUCCCCCUUGUUUUAAUUUUAUUGAACUUCAUCUAUACAUAAGAAAGAGUAGG